UUUUAAUUUUUCGUAUCAUUGACCUGCAAUUUUCGUACUAGUGGUAAAUCUAUUCUUCAAACCGAUUAAAAUAUAUUCAUACCACAAUUUUUAUUUUCAUAGCAAAUAGCAAAUAGACUCAUAUCAAUUAGAUCACAGUUAGUUGUUAUUGAAUCUUAAAGCUACAUACCGCUACUGUAUGGAGUCAGCACCUGUUGGAUCAAAUUGACCGAAAUUAGUGAGCAAAAAAAAUGCUCUAUGUGAUUAACUCCUGUUAAAGAAACAAAAGGUUAAUAUAAUGAACUUCAAAGCAGAAGAAUUGGCCAAUGGAUAUAUAGAUGGACUAGGGAAUAGGUUCGACUUGGAACCUGACCUGAUGUCUGUAGAGUAUGAGACAUCACCUUUAAAGAAUUGUUUUAGUUACAUUGAUUUUAAAAGAAUAAACGGAUUUCCUGAUAUGGAAGUUGAUCAACUCUCUGUAGAUGAGCAGGAAAAUGAAAUAGAAAUCGAUACAAUUUCCGAGGACCAACGUAAUAAUAAUGGAAGAGGACCCAACAAGUAUUACUCUGAGAAAGUAAGAGUGAGAUUUUGGCACAUGGUGAUUGAAGAAGGGUGCUCAGCAUAUAAAGCUGCGAAAAUCAACGAUAUUAGUUUACAAACAGCUUAUACUUGGAAAAGAAAUUGGAAUAAACAAGUAUUUAAGAAUUUGAAUGGUAUUUACAAAACUCCAAAGAAACGUGGACGUAAAACGUAA